UUUGAAACUCAAUGCUCAAUCACAGAUAUUUGAUAUCAUUAAUUGUAAUUAUUCUCUCUGUACUUCUAGUAUUCUAUAGAUCGGAGAAACAGAUCAAAAUGCCACCAAAACCCAAACUCAACGUUCAGAAUUUCCCUCGUCCACCCCUCCUCGAACGAACAUCCCGUCAUCUUCAGAUUAAAUGGCAUGGCCAGACAAUAGCUGAUACGAAAGAAGCUUAUUGGGUUUUAGAAACGUACCACGCACCUACCUACUACCUCCCUAUCUCAUCAGUCAGCGCCCCCUUAACACCAACCAAGAAAUCCACAUUCUGCGAGUGGAAAGGUUGGGCAACGUACUACUCCAUCACACUCCCGGCCACUUCUGACUCCAAAGAAGAAGUCAUCAAAGACCGAAUUUGGAGUUAUGAGAGUCCUACGAAGGGGUUCAAGGAUUUGAAGAGUUAUGUGUCGUUUUAUGCGGGCCCGUGGGAUUGCUAUGUUGAUGGGGAAUUGGUGAAACCGCAGCCGGGGGAUUUUUAUGGUGGGUGGACGACGAGUGAGUUGGAGGGGAUUAUUAAGGGGGAUGCGGCGACGAGGUGGAUGUGAUUGUAUGUGAUUUGAGAUGAAGGGCAUCCUGGAGAUGGGAUCUAUUGCGAGCAGGGAGGAGAACUUGGUUCAUUUUUGGGCUGGCAAGGGAAGUAUACGAUUACCGAUUUUUGGGGGGGAAUAUCAGUCUUUUGGUGGGGACUUGCGGUCUGAGACUGUGAUGGAUUUUAUGCGUGA